UUCCAGACUCACAGAAGUUCCAUUUGACUUUCGAACUACCCGACUACUUAUAGGCUAUUAAUUUAACAGGUUAUAAACAAGCUUUUUGGAACAAUAUAAUAGUUUGAAACCGACCAUACAUGUACCACAAGAAUCCACUCAUUUGAGACUUUACAGUCACAUUUAAAGCAAGUCAGCAAUAUUAUAUUUGCUGUCCAGGACAGAGUAGCUACUGCUAGCAGACUGAGUCAUGACAGCCGCGAGGAUGACAACCAGGGUACCUUCGGUUGCUUCGUUUCGACUUCCAGUCAUCCAGCACCCGUCUUCAAAAAUGGGAGAUCCCGAGACUAUGUCUCUCAGAGGCUACACUACUGACGGCGUCAGGAAUCUUAAAGUUUUUGCGGAAGAAAGGGGAAGACCAUUGUCACACGAGGAAAGGCACGACUCUGUGUUUCGAAGUCAGACAUUGAAAAGCCACAGAGCACAGCAAGGUGGAAACGACUCGCGGCUAGACAUGGACACCUUUAUGCGACCUCCGCUGCAAAUCCCAGAGGGGGUGGAAGUGACAUGGGCCGCGGAUCCGGAUAAGCCGCGUUUGCCAAUCUUUGGCCAGCGGGCGUGUCCAGUGAGCAGGGCUGGGAGCAGUGCUGGUCACAGCAGCCUGUCCAGCAGCAGGGGCAGCAGCGUCUCAUUCCCUGCUGCUCAGCUGAGGAUCCAGGUGGAUGAGCUGGAGCAUGAGUUACGGCAGCGGGUUCGAGCCGGCGGUCUCUCCACCCUUAAGAACCUGUUCAGGAGCAGUGACCCGGGGGGACAGGGACAGGUCACCAGAGAUGCACUGCUGAUGAUUCUCACAAAAUUCCUGGGACGGUCCAUCACUGUCAAACAACUCAGGCAGCUGCUCCUGCGGCUGCACCUGUCUGAGAAGGCCAUGCUGGGGUUCGAGGAGCUGUACGCCCCCCUGAUGGAGCCCGUGCAGACAGGGGCAGCGACCUCGGGUGCCCUGGCCCAGCACCCCGGAGCCGGGGCCCAGCUUACCGCCUCCCAGGCCCACGCCCUCCUCCGGGGCCCCGCCCAGCACAGUUUCCUGGAGGCCAUCACAUCACUUCCAGUGAAGGAUACAGAGGGUCCCCGGUGGAUUGUGGCCCCGGAGCUGCGGAACAUUCUGGAACAUCUGGACCUAAACAUGGAGGAUCACGAGUUUGAAAAGCUGUGGAAGAGGUAUGAUGUGGACGCACUUGGAGCGGUUAGAGUGGAUGUGCUGUGGGAUAAAAUCAGGAAGAAGGACAGGAAGAGGCCCAGCUCAGAUGGGAACACCAGUCAGAAGGAACCAGCCUCCCUCAGCACUGAGGCAGAGACUCCUGCCAGGAUUCUCAGUAAGGGUGAGGAGGAGCGUAAGGCCUCCAUCGCCAUGGAGAAGUGGCUGAAGGACAAGUUCCGGGAGGGAUUUCGUAAGAUGAAGGCAGAGUUCGAAAAACUGGAUCCUGACAAAACUGGGAGGGUGCAGCCGGACACCUUCCUGCAGGUGCUGCAGGCGUUUGGGCUGUCUUUAAGGAGGGGGCACGUGGGCCUGUUUCUGGCACGGUGCGGUCUCAAGGUCAGGAAGACUGGGAUCAACUACUCCGAGUUCCUCCGAAGGUUCCAGGACCGCAGCACGGAGGGGCUCACGCACAGGAUCCUGACCAAUCCGCAGCACAGAUUCAAUAAGGAUGAGAACAUUAGCCACGCCUCCACGAUGACAGCGGUAGAAGCCAAGCUGGCCCGUCUGUUCCAGUCUGAGUAUCUCUCUCUCCUCGACAUGUUCCGAAACAUUGACAAACUUGAUAAGAAGUCGAUAAGUCAGGAGGAGUUCCGGGCUGCAAUAGAAAGCAGGUUCAGGCUGGAGAUCUCCGACCCCGAGUUUGCACAGCUGCUGGAAAGCCUGCCCCUCGACCAGGACGGAAAUGUCCAGUAUGCCCUCUUCAUGGCACCCUUCGACACCCGUGCCGGAGCACCGAGUCUUUUCGAGAGCCACGGGGAUGGCGGGGAUAGAGAGGUUCAGCCUGAAGAGGCCGGGAAAAUGAGCCAGGGCAGGAGUGAUCAAGAGCUCUUCAAAAUAAUCAAGAUCCUGGUGACCAAACAUUACCCGGCUGUGGAGCAGGUCUUCGAGGAGCUGGAUGAGAAGAAUACUCGACGUCUGACACAGGAAACCAUGCACCAGCUGCUGAAGCGAUUUGACAUCCUCCCCGAGGUUAGUCGGGGGGAGAUCCGUAGACUCUGGGGCACUUUGAUUACCAACCAAGACAAGACGCUGGAUUUCUUGCAGUUUGCGAGACACUUUGGCCACUCUCCCAAAUCGGCCUGCUUUCCCAACGCAAAGCUCUGUCCCCCGAGGAGAGGAGACGAAGACUUCAGGCUCCGUUCCAAGACGCUCAACUGCGUCUCUGACAUACUGGUUGACAGCGUCCGUGCCAAGGUCGAGUACUUGCUCCACGAGCUGCAGACUGAGUUUGUAGACCUGGACCCAUACAGAACUGGGUUUGUGAGUAAGGAUGAAUUCAGGGACAUUUUGACCAGUCUGUGUGUGCACCUCAACCAGUACGAGUGCCACGUCCUGUCCAAGAAAUUUGAUGUCAACCACGAUGGCCGAGUGUCCUAUGUGGAGUUCCUGAAGCCCUUUGGGCAGCCCAGGCAGUCGUGGAGAUCAGGGGCCCAUGUGGCUGAGGUCCUGCAGGAGUCCUACAGGGCCCCCCCGGGGUCUCCAGAGGAGAUGGGCUCCUCCUCCAUGGGGCUCCUGACGACCAGGCUGAGAAAGAAGCUCGAGGGAGCAGGCCGGACUCUCCGCAGAUCCUUCCGGAAGCUGGAUCCUGCCGGGAGCGGGUACCUCUCUCCGUCCGAGUUUGGCGCAGUUCUCAGGCUGUGCAACGUGGCCCUGAGUCAGGAGGAGGUGUACCACAUCCUGUCCAAGUUUGACCGCGGCCUGGACGGCCGUGUGGACUACCACAGCUUCCUUCAGGAGAUGCGCCACAGCCCCCACACCCCGAAGACUGCGCCAGAGUAGAGAUAUCACAGGAGUGUGUGUGUGUGUGUGUGUGUGUGUGUGUGUGCGCGCGCACAUUUGUGCAUGAUUGUGUGUGUGUGUGUGUGUGUGUGUGUGCACAUCUCUGCAUGAUUGUGUGUGUGUGUGUGUGUGUGUGUGUGUGCGUGCGCACAUUUGUGCAUGAUUGUGUGUGUGUGUGUGUGUGUGUGUGUGAGAGUGUGUGUGCAUUUGUUCCAUGAUUGUGUGUGUGUUUGUUUUGUUUGUGUUGUGGAACAAUGUUACUUUGUCAAAAGCACAUUCCACGGAGAGAGCAGUUUGAGGAACGGGAGAGGCACACCGUGUAGUAUGUGGAAUGUGAUGACAGACGUCAAAGUUCAUGGGUCAAUUAGUCAACUAUGUCAACUUCUUUCUUCUGUGUGGAUAAAUUAUGCCGAUGUUCCAACUUACAUACUUGCAUAAUACCUACAAAGCACAAACUACAGGAAUCACGCACUGAUUCAAAUCCAGGCAUUUUAGAAAUGAGCAUGCUCAGAAAUUGAUAUGUGCUCUCAUGCCUGUGAUGGCGGAAAAACAAAUCAUGCAUGCUUCUCCUUUCCUGGAAGUAUUCCUGCAUGAUGCUAAUUAUACAACUUCUAGAGAAAUAUAGCUAUGGGUAUUUCUUUCAGCUUGGUUGACUUAGCAUUAGUUAUCAUGUUUGAAAAUGACAUUUUAUGAUAUCCUCUUCUUGGACGUUUGAUAAACAUAUGUAACCAAUAUUCUUUGACUUGGUUGAAUUCUUGCAUUUGGAUCAUAGAUACUCACCAGUGUGUUUAGCAGUGCAUUCUACUUAAUACAUUGUGUGCAAGUAUGCAUUUUGGUGCAUGAAUUCUGCUGAUUGUAGUGUAGUACAUUUUU